UUAGGCUGGAAAAUUGGUAACGAGUUGAGUCGUCCAAACUGCAUAUAAACUAAAGACAGGCGACACAUUUUCCCGAAUACAUUUCCACGCAGUGACUUGGGGCAUAUUUUGAUAUUUACCAACUUAGUAGAGGGCUAUAGUUGUUGUUUUGUCAACCUGCUAGUUCAUGCUAGCUGCCAGUUCCCCGUACUGUUUCUAAACGAAACUAACUUGUUCAGGCAGGGAACUAAGCUAACGUACUAACGGGACUAAAAAUUGGUAUUUAACGGUUUCUGUGGUCAGUGUAGUGAAGAUACACCAUGCAGUAAGCUAACACUACAGUCGAGUGUGCCGCAGUAGCAGUAUAGAUGUGUUUCCCAAGUUCGUUAGCCACCGAGCUAAUCUUCCUGCUAAUCAAGCAGCUAGCCAACAGCCUUUGUCAGCCUGCCGAGGCGAAGUCAUUUCCUCACUUGUCUCUCUGAGUCAGAUGUCCACCAGCGUGGUCGAGGUCUGGCAGCCAGAGGAUGCAGACCCAUUAGUCCCGCUUCAGGUGGAGAAGGAGCGAAGAAAAGAUGGUCUUCCACUAGACGACAGCUCCUCUCCAUAUACACGGGAGAAUGGGAGGCCCUUGCAUUUUCAGCCCCCAGCACAGGAGUUUGGGACACAGCCACUGGGGCUGCCAAGAGCUGAAACCAUAUAUAUACACAACCCCAGCCAGGAAGUUCCUGUGACACUGCUGUCAAUGUUUACAUCCAGCAGGCAUUUUUACAUACCUUCCUUUCACAGAAGAGUGAUCCCACCCAGAGGGAAAGCAUCUUUUAAACUAAUUUUCCUUCCGUCUGAGGAGGGCAAUAUAGAAAACACAUUAUUUAUAAACACAUCAGCCCAUGGGCUGCUGUCAUACCAGGUGUAUGGUGUGGGAGUUCACUGGGGUUCAUUAAAGUCUUUCCAAAGAAAGGAUAGUCUGCUAAUAUUCCCUCACAUCCAGAGCAUUAAGCUGACCCAAACUCAGGAAGAUGCCUCUAACAUCACUAUACUGGGUCUACUCCUGGAGUGCAACUUACCGAAGAGUUUGUUCAACAAUCCUCAGGGGUCCUGCCUCCAGAGUGAGGAACGCCUCAGUCUACAGAUUAAUCUGUCGGCACGUGGUGACCGGCCCGCUGACCUGGACAAGCUCAAGCCUUACGUCAUUGAGCACAUACUGGUGCUGCUGGUGGCCCCCACUGAUGGACAGGCUGCAGUAGGGGAACCAAAAAUAGGAGUUUAUAUGUUAAAUUCUGGAGGCAAGAAACUCUACUUAAAGGAAAUGCAGGUGCUAUCAAAAGUGGAGGCCAGCCUUGAAUUUAAUCAGGUUCCUCUGCGACCAGAAGCGAGAAAUUUCACUGAAGUGGCUAUCCUAGCUUGCAGAGGUUCAUUGCCAGGCCAUGGAAGGAAAUGCUUAAGUCAUAUCAGUUUUAAAAUUCUGGGAAACAGGACAACCUACGGCUUCCCUGGACUACAUAUCACAAACAAUUUGUUCCAGGUGAAACAAAGACAUGCAGAUCAGGUGGAUCUGUGGCUGACAAACCCCCACCUCCUGCCCCUCACUGUGAUGAAUGCCAGCGUCUCACAGAAACUAAAGGGAGUAAUGAAGGUGAUGAACUUCACCAGUCCACUGACAGUUCCCCAGGGCUGCUGGCGGAUCCUGUCCCUCCAGGUGCUCAGCAGGGCCCUGCCUGUCAAUCAGCUGUCCACCCUGAGUCUGGAUACCAGCCUGGGCUCAACUCUACACAUUCCCCUCUACUUUAACUCUACUCCUUCCAAGCAGGGGGAAGUGGUAUUUGAGGCAGAACGAGAGUGUGGGCGACCUUGCCCACUCAGAUUGUCUGAAACAGGUCGUUCAGAGUGGCAGCGAUCUCUCCUACCAGACUUUUUCCCCUCAUCCUGGGCUGUAGACAGCAAACUGGCUGCUGAACUCUGCUCUCGAUGGCAGAGCCACAAAGACAAACUCCCCUGCAGGUGGCCUAGACUCCCUGUAGAGACAUCUGCUUCUCUGGACUUUGGUGCUACACCCGUCAAUGAGAGCAAGGUGAAGACUUUCAUGCUGAAGAAUCCUUCCUCUUCAGUCGUUUCUGUAGAGAUUCGAAUCCUCUCCCUGUACCCUGCACCUUUAGAGGCUCUGGACCUCCUAACUAAAUGGUUUAAUAUCAGCCCCCUCUCUGUCAACAUCAGCAGCACAGAGUUUUCUCUGUUAGCUUCUUUCCCAAAGGAAGGUGAAAAUGUGGAGGACAUUACACAAGAGGGUGUCCUACGUAUGCUGCUGCAACCCUGGGAGGCCAGAGAGGUCGCUGUGGUCUUCACUCCCUCUGAACACAAACCCACCACUACCAUUCUCAUUAUCAGGAACAACCUGACAGUGUUCGACAUGGUGACGGUGCAGGGCCAUGGGGCGAAAGAGUUGCUCAGAGUUGGAGGCAAACUGCCUGGCCCGGGAGCCUCACUGCGCUUCAAUGUUCCUCAGUCAACUCUAAUGGAGUGUCGUGAUGGUCUGCGUACGAACAAGCCACUUUUCGCCAUCAGAAAAAGUUUCAAGGUGGAGAAUGCAGGAGAGCUUCCUCUGACAGUCAUGUCAAUGAAUAUAAAUGGAUAUAAGUGCCAGGGAUUUGGUUUUGAGGUGCUGCAGUGUCGCUCCUUCAGCCUUGACCACAACACCUCCUCUGAGAUCACCAUUGCGUUCACCCCAGACUUCACCUCAUCCUGGGUUAUCCGGGACCUCACUCUGGUGACAUCUCGUGGCACCUCUUUUCCUUUCACCCUCAAUGUAACGCUGCCGCACCACAUGUUGCCUCUCUGCGCUCAGGUGGUUCCUGGUCCAAGCUGGGAGGAAACCUUCUGGGUGAUCACCCUCAUCUUCACAUGCUUCUCGCUGUUUGGUGUGUGUCUGAUGGCCUUCCAUCAGGCUCAGUAUAUCCUGAAUGAGUUCUCCACACCCAGCAUCAGAAGCAACCACAACUCUGCCCUGUCCCGGGACAACAGCUCCGUCAACAAUAUCACACCCAAUGGAGUAAAUAAAACAAAGGGAAGUUGCAAGAGCUAUGUGGACACCUGUCACACCUCUGAUAAAGGUAAGGGGCGUGGCUCUCCAGCUUUGGCCAACAGCCCUGCCCCACGUUCUCAAUCCUCGAAGAAAAGCUCCUCAACUACCCCUUCCCAGCCACAAAAGAAACACAAAGUUUCACUUUAUUACACCAAGUACAAGUCCAGCUCAUCUACAGCAGCACCUGGUGCUGUGACGAUGGAUGAAGAGCAUGAAGACCUGACACUAGACGCUCCCCUGACCCCAGACCCCGAUGUCUGCAACAACAAUGAACCAGCUUUCAUCAGUGAGCUGGAUAAGAAGACAUCCACAGACUUUAAAGAAGAACCUCACAGCACUAUAGAAGAUAGAGUGCCAGCAGCAGUUAUGUUUCCCAUGGAAAUGCCUGCUGGUUUCCCAAAUAACAUCGCAUUGGGUCCAGGACCUAGACCAGGCCUGUUAAUGUGCAGUCUUGUAGAGAAGAGCUGCACUGAGCACUAUGCAGAGAAGAUCGACUCUGACAAAAGGGACAGUUCUGAACUGGAGCUGAGAGAAGAUGGUAAAUGCCAGAAAAAGAAAGCACAGAGUACAGACACUGGCAAUGCACCAGGGAAUAAUAAGGGAAAGAGGAGUCGCAGGAAGACAGAAAAUAUCUCCAGUGCUCCUGAGCACAAUGUGCUAAUGAUGCCAGAGAGGGAGAAAGAACCUGACUGGAAAUCGGGGGACCGUAACAUCAGUGGAACCCGCAACAGAAACCGCUGCUGCAACAGCUCCAAGUCAGAAGCACUUAAGCCUGGAUAUAGUGCUGAGGGCCCCCUUAAACAAAAUGGUGUGUGUCCUUCCCGCCCUCGAAGAAAGUGUGCUGCAGAGCGGCGUGGCGGUGGAGUGUGCGAGUCAGGCUCAGACUCCGGCAGCUCAACAGGCAGUGUGAGGGCCAGCAGAGGGAGCUGGGGCAGCUGGAGCAGCACCAGCAGCAUGGAGGGAGAAAAGGACGCCAUUGCCCGGACACAUGCCUGCACUACCUCAUCUAGAAAAAGGGACUCCAUGCAGUGCGGUGUCUACCCAGCAGAGAGAGACUGCUACCAGACCAUGAAUACAAACUACAAGGCACUGAGCAUGAACAGCUUGUACCGUAAAGACUUGUGCCAAAGCCCUGAUCCCACAGCUUCUAGCUUUGCCCCGAGUUUUGCUGCUGUUGCUGCAGGAAUGGACAGGAACAUGGACCUGACUGGUCAGUAUUUGCCCGAAGAGACGUGGUCGACUCAAUCCAUGCCCCUCACUAAUGAGUUCAGAUACAACACCACUGAGGCGCUGCCCUACAUACCUCAGCAAGCAACCACCGGGCCGUACAAUGGGUUUACUUGGAGUAGUGCCAACAGCCAUUGCAACAGUCCCUACACCUACUGUGAGGAAGCCAACUACAUAGGUAACGGAACAUUCCCGAGUGGUUUUCCCGGUCAGGAUGGCCAGAACACACAAAGCAAUCAGACCUGCUGGAGUGAGGAACAGCCUCAGGAAUCGCCCUCAGCCUGGGACACAGCAGCCUGUGUGGGCAGCAAGCCAUACUUCUCGGGUACCCGCAGCCUCUCCCCAAUGUCCAGCCUGUUUGGAUCCAUCUGGACGCCUCAGCGCGAGCCCUACCAGAGCAACUUCCAACCAGAGCGAUCAGCCCCGAUGUCCCCCGUGUCCCCCAUCACCCCACCUCACUCUCCCUUCAACCGGGAGCCAGAGGGGACCUGCAGACCGAUCCAGUACUCCAGCUUCAACCCGUUCGGCCCACACAUGAACCUGGACAUAUGGAACUCUUCUUCCAACCGCAGCUCCAACUCACAACUCUCCAACGACUCUGGCUACUGUGGAGAUGUUUAAAACAAAAAAACAAAACCGCAGACCUUAAAAAUAAUUGCAAACAUAUAAAACAUUGAUAUGUAAAAGAAAGGAAAUAAAAAUGAAUGUUCUUUUAUUAUUAUUGGGGAAAAUGUGAAUAUUCCUUUUCUUUUAUGUUCCCAUUUUCAAAUGUUAAAUGUUGU